AAAAAUUUAACCUCUCUUCCAUGGCACGAUGAACCAGCAAAAACCAAGUUAACAAACUCUCCAACUUUUCGAGUCUCGCACUCACACACGGCAAGUGCUAGCCAACAUUAUGCACAGCACAGAGAACAGAAACGCUCAGACUGCUACCAUACACAACAAACAACAGAAAUAAAGAGAAAGAGAGAAAAAAGAGAGAGAUAGAGAGAGAGAGAGAGAGACUGUCUUCUUCUUCUCCUCCUCCUCCUUCUUCUUCUUCUUCAUCUUCUUCUGCCUCUUCCUCUCUCUAUCUCUUUCGCUAUCCUUCGCCAUUCCCUCAUCUUCAAACAUCAUUCUAUUCAAACUUUUACUGUACCUGUUGCUUUCUGCCUAUCCGGGUCUGUGCUCUGCCCAUUUCGUCUUUGUAUUGGAGGAGAUAAACAGAGAGCUUGUGACAGAGAGAGAGAGAGAGAGAGAGAGAGAGAGAGAGAGAGAGAGAGAGAGCUGUAGAAUCUAUCUAUCUAUAUAUCUAUCCCGUCUCUGUGAAUCACAGGCUUGCCUCGACAAUCGUCACCGGCUGGAGAGAACGAUUUUCGAGGGGAAAAGAACCCAGAUGGUGAGAUGCUCUUCUUCACUCGAUUCGAUCUCCCUUCCUCUUCUUGCGUAACUCAAAAACACAGACUCAGAGCGCUUCUCCAUAAUUUCCUUCACCAACUCUGUCUAUCCGAUGAUGGAUAUCACUCUUUUGCUCAAUAAAACCUCAGCUUCAUCACCAGCAGUACAACCAUAUUUUACCCUUUUGAGAGCUGCUCGAGGUUUGCCCGUAUUGGAGUUGUCUUCAAUUUGCAUCAAUUUGACGCUCUUCCUGGUAUUCCUUCUCAUUAUCUCCGCGAAACAGAUAUUUGUUUGUGCGGGUCGAAUUCGAUUAAUCAAGGAGGAUCCGGUUGGCAAUUCGAGUCCAAUUAGGCGGAGCAUUGGUCUUGAUAGAGAAACUCAUGACGUCAGAAUCGGUAGCGGCUUUACAUAUUCGGUGCUUUGUUGCUUCUACGUGUUGUUUGUGCAAGUUUGCGUGUUGGGAUUUGAUGGGGUUGGCGUGAUAGGGAAGGCUGUCGAUGGGGAAGCUGUCAAUUGGUCUGUGCUUUUCUUGCCUGCUGCUCAGGGUUUAGCUUGGUUUGUGUUGAGCUUUUUAGCUCUUCAUUGCAAAUUUAAGGCGUCCGAAAAGUUUCCUUUGUUGUUGAGAGGGUGGUGGUUCCUCUCAUUUUUGAUUUGCUUGUGUACUCUGUACGUUGAUGGAAAACAGUUCUUGACAGAAGGUUCAAAGCACUGGUCCUCUCAUGUUGUGGCUAAUCUUGCUACAACACCGGCUCUUGCUUUCCUGUGCUUUGUUGCCAUAAGGGGUGUUACUGGUAUUCAAGUUUGUAGAAAUUCUGACAUUCAGGAACCAUUGCUUGAUGAGGAGGCAGGGUGUCUUAAGGUCACUCCCUAUAGUGAUGCUGGGCUCUUUAGCUUGGCUACGCUUUCUUGGCUGAAUCCGCUUCUGUCAAUUGGUGCAAAGAGACCGCUUGAGCUUAAGGACAUUCCCCUUCUUGCUCCGAAAGAUCGAGCAAAAACCAAUUACAAAGCACUGAAUUCAAAUUGGGAGAAAUUAAAGGCUGAGAAUCCUUCAAAGCAGCCUUCUCUAGCUUGGGCAAUUCUAAAGUCGUUCUGGAAGGAAGCUGCUUGUAAUGCUGUCUUUGCUGGGUUGAACACUCUUGUUUCAUAUGUGGGUCCCUACAUGAUCAGUUACUUUGUUGAUUAUUUAGGGGGAAAGGAGACUUUCCCUCAUGAGGGGUAUGUUCUUGCUGGCAUAUUCUUUGCAGCCAAGCUCAUUGAGACGAUAACAACUAGGCAGUGGUAUCUUGGGGUUGAUAUUUUGGGGAUGCAUGUGAGAUCAGCUUUGACAGCAAUGGUAUACCGGAAGGGCCUCACGCUUUCAAGCUUAGCCAAACAAAGUCACACCAGUGGAGAAAUUGUUAAUUACAUGGCAGUUGAUGUCCAGCGAGUAGGUGACUACUCAUGGUAUCUUCAUGAUAUAUGGAUGCUUCCGUUGCAAAUUAUCCUUGCUCUUGCGAUCCUGUACAAGAAUGUGGGAAUUGCAUCUGUUGCUACAUUGAUUGCCACCAUUAUAUCAAUUGUUGUUACUAUUCCUUUGGCAAGAAUUCAAGAAGAAUACCAAGACAGGCUGAUGGCUGCCAAGGAUGAGAGAAUGAGGAAAACUUCUGAGUGUCUGAGGAACAUGAGGAUUCUCAAGUUGCAAGCUUGGGAAGACCGUUAUCGCUUGAGGUUGGAGGAGAUGAGGAAUUUAGAGUUCAAAUGGCUUCGCAAAGCCCUCUAUUCUCAAGCUUUUAUUACAUUCAUUUUCUGGAGCUCCCCCAUAUUUGUUGCAGCUGUCACAUUUGCAACCUCUAUAUUUUUGGGAAGUAAUCUCACUGCAGGGAGUGUUCUUUCUGCUCUAGCGACCUUCAGAAUCCUCCAAGAACCACUCAGGAAUUUUCCUGACUUGGUCUCUAUGAUGGCCCAGACGAAGGUUUCUCUCGAUCGAAUCUCUGGAUUUCUGCAAGAUGAAGAGCUGCAAGAAGAUGCGACCAUUGUUCUGCCUCGCGGCAUGUCAAAUGUGGCCAUAGAGAUCAAGGACGGUGAGUUCUGCUGGGACCCUUCUUCUCUGAGGCCCACACUAUCGGGAUUACAAAUGAAAGUGGAGAGGGGGAUGCGUGUGGCUGUUUGUGGUAUGGUUGGUGCUGGGAAAUCAAGCUUUCUCUCCUGUAUUCUUGGGGAGAUCCCAAAAAUCUCUGGUGAAGUUAGAAUUUGUGGUAGUGCUGCUUAUGUCUCUCAGUCAGCUUGGAUUCAGUCCGGUAACAUUGAAGAAAAUAUUCUGUUUGGUUGUCCAAUGGAUAAAGUGAAGUACAAGAAUGUAAUCCAUGCUUGUUCACUGAAGAAGGAUUUGGAACUUUUCUCACAUGGCGAUCAGACCAUAAUUGGUGAUAGAGGUAUAAAUCUCAGUGGUGGUCAGAAGCAACGAGUGCAGCUUGCAAGGGCACUUUAUCAAGAUGCUGACAUAUACUUACUUGAUGAUCCUUUCAGCGCUGUUGAUGCACAAACUGGCUCGGAAUUGUUCAGAGAAUAUAUAUUAACAGCAUUAGCAGAUAAGACUGUGAUUUUUGUGACUCAUCAAGUAGAAUUUCUUCCUGCUGCUGAUUUGAUUCUGGUUCUUAAGGAAGGCGGUAUUAUACAGGCAGGGAAAUAUGAUGAACUACUACAAGCAGGAACAGAUUUUAACGCGUUAGUCUCUGCUCAUCACGAAGCAAUUGAAGCUAUGGAUAUGCUAAACCCUUCAUCAGAUGAUUCAGAUGAAAAUUUGCUCCUGGAUGGAUCUGAUGUACGCAAUCCAAAAUGUGAUGCUUCUGGAAAUGGUAUCAGUAUGUUGGUAAAGGAAGUACAAGAUGGAGGAUCAGGUUCAGACCAGAAAUCCAUUAAAGAGAAAAAGAAAGGAAAGCGCUCUAGGAAAAAGCAACUUGUUCAGGAAGAAGAAAGAGUGAGGGGAAGAGUCAGCAUGAAGGUGUAUUUAUCAUAUAUGGUUGCAGCUUAUAAAGGCUUAUUGAUUCCUCUCAUAAUUGUCGCCCAAGCAUUAUUUCAGUUCCUUCAAAUAGCUAGUAAUUGGUGGAUGGCUUGGGCAAGUCCCCAAACUGAAGGAGACGAUGCUAAGGUGACACCUACUGUCCUUCUUGUUGUGUUUAUUGCCCUUGCAUUUGGAAGCUCCUGGUUCAUCUUUGUUCGAGCUGUUCUGGUUGCCACAUUUGGCCUAGCUGCAGCACAGAAGUUGUUUCUGAAUAUGCUUAGAAGUGUGUUCCGAGCACCAAUGUCAUUCUUUGACUCUACUCCUGCUGGUCGAAUCUUGAACCGCGUGUCUAUUGAUCAAAGUGUUGUGGAUCUUGAUAUUCCUUUUAGACUUGGUGGGUUUGCUUCAACCACAAUACAGCUUAUUGGCAUUGUUGGAGUGAUGACAAAAGUUACCUGGCAAGUCUUGCUUCUUGUUGUUCCAAUGGCCAUUGCUUGCUUGUGGAUGCAGAAAUAUUACAUGGCUUCAUCAAGAGAACUGGUUCGCAUUGUUAGCAUCCAGAAGUCUCCAAUUAUCCAUCUUUUUGGGGAGUCGAUUGCUGGAGCAGCUACAAUUAGAGGCUUUGGCCAAGAAAAGAGGUUCAUGAAGAGGAAUCUUUAUCUGCUGGAUUGUUUUGCUCGUCCAUUCUUCUGCAGUCUUGCUGCUAUCGAAUGGCUAUGCUUACGCAUGGAAUUGCUUUCAACCUUUGUAUUUGCGUUUUGCAUGCUUUUACUUGUGAGCUUUCCACAUGGAGCUAUUGAUCCGAGCAUGGCGGGUCUUGCUGUGACAUAUGGCCUUAACUUGAAUGCACGUCUGUCCCGGUGGAUACUUAGCUUUUGUAAGCUCGAAAACAAAAUUAUUUCAAUUGAGAGGAUUUACCAGUACAGCCAAAUUCCAGGUGAAGCCCCGCCACUUAUAGAUGACUCUUGUCCACCAUUUUCAUGGCCAGAAAAUGGAUCAAUUGAGCUGAUUGAUUUGAAGGUUCGUUAUGGGGAGAAUCUUCCAAUGGUCCUGCAUGGAAUAACCUGCGCAUUUCCUGGUGGAAAAAAGAUUGGAAUUGUUGGACGUACAGGCAGUGGUAAAUCUACUUUGAUUCAAGCGCUGUUCCGACUGAUAGAACCUGCAAGUGGAAGAAUUAUUAUAGACAACAUAGAUAUUUCUAAAAUUGGCCUUCAUGACCUACGGAGUCGUCUUAGUAUCAUACCGCAGGACCCUACAUUAUUUGAAGGGACCAUUAGGGGCAAUCUUGAUCCCCUUGAAGAACAUUCAGAUCCUGAAAUUUGGGAGGCACUUGAUAAGGCUCAGCUUGGUGAUGUAGUCCGUGAGAAAGACCAAAAGCUUGAUACUCCGGUGCUAGACAAUGGAGAUAAUUGGAGUGUGGGGCAGCGGCAGCUUGUUUCUCUUGGAAGGGCCUUACUUAAGCAGGCAAGAAUACUGGUGCUCGAUGAAGCAACAGCAUCAGUUGAUACAGCCACAGAUAAUCUCAUUCAGAAGAUUAUCCGAACAGAAUUUAAGGACUGCACUGUUUGCACUAUAGCUCAUCGUAUUCCCACUGUAAUAGACAGUGAUCUAGUUUUGGUACUCAGUGACGGUCGUGUUGCAGAGUUUGAUACUCCAGCAAGACUUUUAGAGGAUAAAUCAUCCAUGUUUUUAAAGUUGGUAUCAGAAUAUUCGUCGAGGUCUAGUGGCAUACCAGAUUUUUGAAUUACAUGGUAUGCUGGAAAACUCUUUCAUGUCAUAGGCAGCAGCAAGGAGGGAGUACUCCGGAAUGAAGUGAUUGCCCCCCGCCGCCGCUGCCGCCGCUGCUGCUGCACUCGGCAGGCCUAAAGAUGCAACUGGGAAGGACCAAGGUGCAUGUCGUGUUACGAAAACCAAGUUCCCAUUGAAGUGGAAAAAGAGGUAGUUUGUAGAUCAUGGCAAUUGCAAGCUAAUCAUUCCCUUUAAUAAACUAGACUGAGGAAGUUUCAGGCAUGGUUGGCAUAUUGUGUAGGCAGGAAAUAAGCCAAAUGGGUAGAGGUGGGUAAUGGUUUCACACGGAUAGGGUUUACUAUUUGUUGAAUCAUGUGCAAUAAAGUAGUGGUUUUUAAGAUUGAAACAGGCUCUCUUAUUUAGGUAGGAAAUGAACUUUGUAGAGCUCAAGUAGCCAAUUACAAAACUCCACUGUCUCUCUGGUGGUAAAUUUUCAGCUUGGAGCUCUUCUCA